AUGACCAGCAUACGGGAAAAACAAAUAAAUGCGCUGAAGCAGAUGCUGAAUUUGAAUGAUCCACAAGGGCGUGGACAGGCUGCUGAACCAGUGUGGAAGAUCCUCAUCUAUGAUCGUUAUGGCCAGGACAUUAUUUCCCCUCUAGUUUCCAUUAAAGAUCUCCGUGAGCUUGGCGUGACCCUGCAUGUACAACUUCAUUCAGACCGAGAUCCAAUUCCUGAAGUACCUGCAGUAUAUUUCUGCAUGCCCACCGAAGAAAAUCUUGGCAGAAUAGGUCAAGAUCUGCACAAUGGGUUAUAUGACUCGUACCAUCUUAAUUUUAUUUCGCCCAUUAGUCGUCAAAGACUGGAAGAUUUAGCAGCAGCAUCUCUCAGUGCAAAUUGUGUGUCUAGUAUCAACAAAGUUUUUGACCAAUACCUCAACUUUAUCUCAUUAGAAGAUGAUAUGUUCAUAUUGCGUCAUCAAAACAGUGAUUCCUUGUCGUAUUAUGCAAUUAACCGAGGAGAAAUCAAAGAUUCGGAAAUGGAAUCUAUCAUGGAUUCAAUUGUGGACAGCCUCUUCUCAGUCUUUGCCACACUAGGAACUGUUCCAAUCAUAAGGAGCCCAAGAGGCAAUGCUGCAGAAAUGGUUGCUGAGAAAUUAGACAAAAAGUUGCGCGAGAAUCUUAGGGACACAAGAAACAGUCUGUUUAUGAUGGAUGCUUCCCAGGCAGCAAACUAUAGCUUCCAAAGACCUCUCUUGAUAAUUUUAGACAGGAAUGUGGAUAUGGCUACCCCUCUGCAUCACACCUGGACAUACCAGGCCUUGGCUCACGAUGUUUUGGAUUUGGCAUUAAAUAGAGUUGUUGUUGAAGAAAAUGCUGGACGUUCUCCAGCAGGAGGAGCCAAGGCAAAAACACGGGCUUGUGAUCUUGAUUCCAAGGAUAAGUUCUGGAUGACGCACAAGGGCAGCCCAUUCCCAACUGUUGCGGAGGCAAUUCAGGAAGAAUUAGAAGAAUAUCGGUCAUCAGAAGUAGAGGUUAAAAAGCUGAAAGCAUCAAUGGGUAUUGACAAUGAAAGUGAUGCAGCUAUGGCAAUGGUGUCCGACAAUACUGCAAAGCUAACCAGUGCUGUGAACUCUUUACCUCAACUUCUGGAGAAAAAGCGCCUGAUUGAUAUGCAUACUACUAUUGCUACAGGCAUUCUUAAUGCUAUUAAAACAAGGAGGCUUGACACAUUGUUUGAACUUGAAGAGAAAAUCAUGAGUAAAGCAGCUUUAGAUCGCAACCUUCUAGAAUUGAUUACUGACUCAGAUGCUGGAAUUACUCCAGAUGAUAAAAUGAGACUUUUUAUCAUUCAUUACAUUUGUUGCCAUUCCAUGUCUGAGGUGGAAUUUGAUAGGUUUGCCACAGCAUUGCAGAAUGCUGGCUGUGAUUUGAAUCCGCUCACCUAUAUUAAACGGUGGAAGGCUUAUGCUAAAAUGGCUGCAACAUCCAACCAGUACGUUGGUGGUGGCACCAAAACUGUGAGCAUGUUCUCUAAGCUUGUCUCUCAAGGAUCUUCUUUUGUUAUGGAGGGUGUUAAAAAUCUUGUUGUUAAACGCCAUAAUUUGCCUGUUACGAGAAUUGUGGAUGAGUUAAUGGAACUGAAGGCAUCUCAGGAAACGGACGAUUAUCGCUACUUUGAUCCCAAGCAGCUGCGAGUUGCAGAUGCCUCUCAAAUUCCCCGAAACCGGACUACUUUCCAAGAGGCCAUUGUUUUCGUCGUUGGAGGAGGCAAUUACAUUGAGUAUCAAAAUCUUGUAGAUUACACGAAGUCAAAGUCUAGUGCUGGAGGUCCAACCAAAAGGAUAAUUUACGGUUCAUCAACAUUAAACAAUGCCAAGCAAUUCCUGAAACAGCUUUCUUUGCUAGGUCAGGAACUACAUUAAUAUUUCUCUGCUACAGCAGAAUUUGUACAUAUGUGAAUAAUAAAUGUAUCAAUUUUAUGAGAGGUGGAAUUAAAUCAAUUUGUUGAGUGAA